AUGAAGGUGGAAACAAAUGCAGGUGAAAUGGACAAUCCUACAAUGUCCACUGGGAACUUAACCAACGAGCUCUUCAACCAAUUAGCUACACGUUACAUUGACGGAAAUCUAACAGGAAAUACAACGACAGGCGGUUUCAAGAUCAGCUACUUUCUCAAUCUGUCCUUAAACGUUCUGACCAUCUUCAUGCUCCUUGUGACGAUGGUGUCUCUUGGAUGUACUAUGGAAGUUUCAAAAAUCAAGAAGCAUUUAUUGAAGCCUAAAGGAGUGGGCAUUGCACUUGUGGCCCAGUUCUGCAUCAUGCCCUUAACAGCCUUCAGUUUGGCAAAGAUUCUUCAGAUGGAUUCAAUCAAAGCCGUGACUGUCCUUAUCUGUGGCUGCUGUCCUGGGGGAACGUUGUCUAAUAUCUUCUCUCUGGCACUGAAAGGGGACAUGAACCUCAGCAUUGUGAUGACGACUUGUUCGUCUAUUGCUGCUUUGGGUAUGAUGCCCUUGCUGCUGUUUGCAUUCUGUCAAGGCUUCUCUGGGAUAGAAAAUGCUGUGCCGUAUGCUGGGAUCACCACCACUCUUGCUUUGACCCUUAUACCUUGCACCACUGGAAUCUUCAUAAAUUAUUACAAGCCAAAAUAUGCCCCAGUUGUAACAAAGACAGGCCUUAUUGUGCUGAUUGUCUGUACUGCUUUGGCGUCAGUUCUGUCUGGCAUGGCUGUGAAAGAUGUGAUGUGGAUGAUCUUCAUGCCCGAUGUUCUGGCCGUGGCUGCACUCAUGCCUCUCACCGGCUUUGCCCUGGGGUAUGCCAUAUCCUCCGUAUUCCGGCUGAAUGCACAAUGCUGUAGGACUAUUUCCAUGGAAACAGGAUGUCAAAAUAUCCAGUUGUGCACAGCUAUCUUGAAAGUGGCCUUUCCCCCUGAGGUCAUUGGUCCAAUGUUUCUUUUCCCACUUGUUUACAUCAUGUUCCAGUGUAGUGAGGCCCUGCUGCUGACCUUGGGUUACAGAUGUUACCAGACUCAUUUCAAACCACCAACACAGGGUGCAGACCCGUAUGACUGUGUAAAUGUUAAAACGGAGGAGAUGAGGCCUAAAGCAAAAGGUCCUGCCUGCUUGUGGUGA